UCGGAUUUAUAUUUUGAGUAAUUCUAGCUCCUAAGUUCACCUAGACUCUGUCCUUCAUCCUAACAAGUGGUAUCAGAGCAAUAUUAAGGACAUUAAGUGCUCCAAGAUGGGUGAGGCGAAGUACUACUUGGGGAUGCACGUGGAGAGAGAUGUGGAAAAGGGUGUGCUGAGGUUGCACCAGAGGAAGUACUGUGAGGGGCUGGCUGAGAAGUAUGGGCUGCAAGAUGGGGGAAAGCCAGCAACACCACUACCUUCAGGGUUUACUCAGGCAGCAGAUAUUUUCACCAAGCGUCUGGCGGAGGCGGAUCAUUGGAAGGGCAUGAAGCUUGCUGGGAUGAGUGUGCAUUGAGUAUGCAUGCUUGAGAUGUGGUAUGGUCGAUGAUGGUUGGCAGCCAGAGGGGGAGAUUGUUGUGUGAUGUCAUCAUAUGCUAUCACAUUC